AUAUCAAUUAGGUACCUAGACAGGCCAACAUGGCAAGACUAUUUCUAUGCAUAGCCUUAUUCCUCUUACUCCAACAGACCGACAGCAAACGAGGAAAACCGAAUCUGAAAGACAUCGUCACAGACAUCGACGACUUGAAGGAGUUCAAGAAGAUUUUGAGGACGAGAACGAAUGUGCUGGUCAUGUUUGGCAAGACAGGGAGUGAUGUGGCUGGGGUAAUGCCGGUGUUUGGCGAGGUGGCGACGCUGAUGAAGGGGAAGGGGACGUUGGUGUCGAUUGUGUGCAGUGAUGCUGCGAAGCUCUGCAAAAAGCUGAAGCUAUCUCCACGGAAAACAAUUCUAAAACACUACAAAGAUGGAGUUUUUAACAAAGACUAUGACAGGAAGGAAACUGUUAAGUCAAUGAUGAAUUUUAUGGAAAAUCCAUUAGGUGACACACCGUGGGAGGAGGAAACUGGUGCAGAGGACGUGCAGCACGUCAAUACAGAUAGGGAAUUUAGAAAAAUGUUGAAGAAAGAGAAGAAGCCGAUAUUGAUGAUGUUUUAUGCUCCCUGGUGUGGUGUGUGUAAGACUUUGAAGCCGGAAUACUCGUCUGCAGCUACAGAGUUGAAGGAUAAAUCUGUACUGGCAGGGAUGGACGUCACUACAAUGGAAGGUCGUGAUGUCAUCCAUGAAUUCAACAUCACAGGCUAUCCAACAAUUGUCUAUUUUGAGAAAGGCGAGAAAAUGUUUCAUUACGGAGGAGGAAGAACAAAAGAUGAGAUCAUCAAGUGGAUGAACAAUCCUGAGGCUCCUGCAGAGGAGCCACAAGAGUCGUCAUGGAGUGAUGAAGAGAACGAUGUAAUGCAUCUGACGGAUGAAACAUUUGGUGACACUUUGGCUGAUACGAGUUCUCUACUGGUGAUGUUUUAUGCUCCAUGGUGUGGUCAUUGCAAGAAAAUGAAACCUGAAUAUGAACGAGCAGCAGCUACACUUAAACAAGACGAGGUUGAUGGUGUUCUGGCUGCUGUCGAUGGUACAAAAGAGAGGGAACUGGCUACACGAUAUAACGUGACCGGAUUUCCAUCAGUGAAAUAUUUCAAGGAUGGCAGCUACGUUUGGGAUUUCCACGAGAGAACGGCAGACAACAUCAUUGACUUCAUGAAAGAUCCCAAGGAGCCUCCACCACCGCCACCUCCCGAGGCUCCAUGGAGUGACACACCAAGCAAAGUUAAUCACUUGAAUGGUGCAACAUUUCCAGGAUUUACAAAGAAGAAAAAGCACACACUGGUCAUGUUUUAUGCUCCAUGGUGUGGUCACUGUAAGGCGGCAAAGCCAAAAUUUCAGGAAGCUGCUGAGCUGAUGGCCGAGAAGAAGAAAGUUGCAUUUGCUGCUGUAGACUGCACAGAUACCAGUAAUCGAAAUCUGUGUACUCAAGAAGGAGUUGAAGGGUAUCCAACAAUCAAGUACUACAAUUAUGGCAAGAAGGGUGAGAGAUAUGCGGGUGGACGUGAGACUGACGAUUUCGUUCAGUUCAUGGAGAAUCCAGAUGAGCCACCGACUGCUCCACCACCUGAACCCGAGUGGAGUGAUGAGCCAAGUAGUGUGGAACAUCUAAGCGAUGACUCAUUUGAUAUGUUUGUUGAUCAGCACGACUCGGUAUUGGUCAUGUUUUAUGCACCUUGGUGUGGACACUGCAAGGCGAUGAAGCCAGCAUAUGGUGAUGCGGCCGAGCAGAUGCACAACUCUGGGCAUUCUGGUAUAUUGGCUGCUGUUGACUGCACCAAACAACGCAAACUGGCCGACAGGUUUGAGAUUAAGGGAUUCCCCACAGUGAAGUAUUUCAAGGAUGGGAAGUUUGCAUUUGACUACCCAGGCGGUCGUACCACAGAUGCACUCCUUGAAUUCAUGAACAAUCCUGUGGAGCCAACAGCAGCACCUCCAGAGCCGAAGUGGAGUGACCAUGAGAGUGGUGUGAAUCAUCUUACGGAUGAGAAUUUUGGUGGUUUUGUGGAGAAUAGAGAGCACGUGCUGGUCAUGUUUUAUGCUCCAUGGUGUGGUCAUUGCAAGAAUGCCAAACCUGAGUUUGAAUCUGCUGCUGAAACAUUGUCUGGCCACGACAAGCAAGCAUUAGCAGCAAUCGAUUGCACAGAAUUUUCUGAUGUUUGUACGCAGCAUGGAGUGAAAGGUUAUCCUACAUUUAAGUAUUUUCACAAUGGAAAGGAAAGUGAGAAAUAUGAAGGUGGACGUACUGCGGACAAUUUCUCCAAUUUUGUUUUGAGCAAAUGUGUGUCAGACAAGAAGGAUGAAUUGUAGUUUAUGUGUACGUACUGCUUGCUCAAUAACUUUUCUUCCUAUUCA